AUGGAGCUCUUCCACUACUUGGUGGAUCAUGACUUCAAGGUCACCUUCGUCAACACUAAAUUCAACCACAAGCGUGUCAUCAUCGCGUUGUCGGCAGAGAACACCAUGCCUCAGCUCGCUCUAGUCUCGGUUCCUGAUGGAUUAGGGGAGGAGGAUGAUCGGAACGAUUUGGAACUAAUUGAGAAGAGCAACGAGACAGGGGAUCCGAUGACUUGCAUGUUGGUGGACGAGGGCAUGGAAUGUGCUAUCGAGCUUGGUCGGAAGAAGGGUCUCAGAUCUGUCGUGUUCUGGCCGGUGACUACCCUGAUGCUGGCCACGAUCAUGAGCAUAACAGAGUUGAUUUCAAGAGGCGUCCUUGAUGCACAUGCAAUCUUCAUAGGUACACCCAUCCCAGAACCUAAGAUGUUCUAG